UAUUUUAUUUUUGCCUUUCUAUUUUCAUUUUCACAAGCUGCUUUCAGAUAGGAAUUUUUUUUUCUCUCUCCUCUACUCUCCCUCAGUGCCUGGACACGAUGAUGACAAGAAAGGAGAAUAGGUAAGUGUACACUGAAUUCUGGGCAGUAAAGAGAAAGAAAAGAUGGCUACAUAUUACCCUAGUUCAAAUAAUCAAAGAGAUGCUGCCCCUAUGCAUUAUUUAAGGGAACCUUUGCCCACAUCAUAUUCGGAAGUUCCUGUUCUUCCCACUAAUAUGAUGUAUAUGAGCUACCCAUCGUCUUCUGGGUCAUACUCGGACACAUUGGCUGGGAAUGCCCAGCAGCACAACCACAACUGCAUUGAAAUUCCAUCUGUGGCAGCUUCCGACUCCACCCAACCGCAGCAUGAAAUCUUGUCAAGCCUUAGUGGGUCACAUAUAGUGGAACAUGAUUUCAGCGCAUGGAGGGAUGGUAAAAAUGAGAUGCUAGUUAUGAACUCACUGGGUGGCCCUGCAAGCCUUCUUCACACCGGGCAGCAUUUGCAGGCUCAGGGCUUGUCCCUUAGUCUUGGCACACAAAUCCCCUCAGGAAUCCAAAUUCCUUCCAUUCAAUAUCGGAAUCCCAAUCAGGGUUUCACCUCAUUCUUGAGUCCUACUUCAUCAGUGUCGGGUGAAGGUGGCGGCAGGAAUGGCUCUUCUAGGGAUGAACAGUUGAGAAAUGCUGAAUUUUUGCCACCAGGUGUUCUUGGAGCUAAUCAAGAUUCAAUUAAAGUGGAUCCAUCUUCAUAUGGAAUGUCAAGUAUUGCGAGGACCAUUCCCCAUUCCAAGUACUUAAAGGCAGCCCAGCAACUGCUUGAUGAAGUUGUUAAUGUUCGAAAAGCUUUGAAGCAGCCUGAUUCUGAGAAAAACCAAAACAUACAUGAGCUUUGGAAGGGUUCCAAAGAGGCCGAUGUGGGUUUGAAGAAUGGAACUGGUAUGACUCCUGCAGCUUCAAACCCUCAAGAGCCUGUCAGCAAUUCCUCAAGUGAGCUUUCUCCUGCUGAAAGACAGGAUUUACAAAACAAGUUGACAAAGCUUUUGGCCAUGUUAGAUGAGGUUGAUAGAAGGUACAAACAGUAUUAUCACCAGAUGCAGAUUGUGGUAUCAUCAUUUGAUGUGAUAGCAGGAUCUGGGGCUGCAAAACCCUACACAGCACUUGCCCUCCAGACAAUUUCUCGCCACUUCCGCUGCUUGCGUGAUGCAAUCACUGGCCAGAUUCGAGCAACGCGAAGAAGUCUUGGGGAGCAAGAUACUUCAGGAAACGGCAAAGGGGUUGGAAUAUCUCGCCUGCGAUAUGUGGACCAGCAGCUCAGGCAACAGAGGGCUCUUCAGCAGCUUGGUAUGAUGCAACAACAUGCCUGGAGGCCACAGAGGGGGCUGCCUGAAAGCUCUGUUUCUAUUCUUCGUGCUUGGCUAUUUGAGCACUUCCUUCAUCCCUACCCAAAAGAUUCUGAUAAGAUCAUGCUGGCAAGGCAGACAGGCUUGACCAGGAGUCAGGUCUCAAACUGGUUUAUAAAUGCGCGGGUGCGUCUCUGGAAGCCCAUGGUGGAAGAGAUGUACAAAGAAGAGAUAGGUGAUGCAGAUAUGGACUCUAAUUCUUCGUCCGAAAAUGCACCCAAAGCGACAAAAAGUGAUAUCAGGGCAUCUGAGGAAAGAGGUGAUGAUUUUCAGCCAAGCACAACUUCCACGGUAACCGAGAGAUGCAGCACUGGCCGAUUUCUUGACUCCAAAUCCAGUAAUGCUCCCGAUGUAGAGAUGGGGGGACCAACUGCAGGAGCCAGUUUCAGAAAUGGGGAACGGGGUGAAACCCAAACUGAAUAUGGAAUAGUGAAAUUAAGCGGGGACCAAAGGCCUAGCGUGGAGGAAUGCAGCAGCCUCUUCCCAGAUGGCAUUGUUCAGUCUGAUGGGGGCAGCGAUAGGUUCAUGGCAGCCGCUGCUGCAGCAUACCACAUGUCAGAGUUGGGGAGGUUCGGAAGUGGAACUGGGGUAUCUCUUACAUUGGGGUUGCAGCAUUGCGAGGGAGGCAGCUUACCCAUUUCCAAUGGAGGUCAUCACAGUUUUGUGGGUAUGCGGGGGGCCGAUAUGUACAACCCAGCAGCUUCUUCAGUGGGGACUGACACGGCCGAUUUCGACUGCAUGGAUCCUGGCAACCGGCAGCACAGAUUCAGCUCCUCCCAUCUAUUACAUGAUUUUGUAGCCUGAAAAACCGUGCCUGAUUACUGAUCCGCAUGGGCUAAUUUUCAAAAAAGGGAACCAAGCCAUGGCUCAUUCAUCUUGUUUGCUUGCUUGCAAAAGCUGAAAAAUACGAGUCGGGUGGCCCCUGAUUUUCUGGGUAUUGAGAUAUAUCAAACACAGUUGUAAUAUAAAAACAAGAAUGAAUUGGUUGGGAAGUUAGUUUAUUUGUAAAGAUGAGAUGCGUAUUUUUUGUUUUAGUGUAUGUUGAAGGCAAUUUGUACAAUUACUUCAACUGUGGUAUUGAAGCAAAGAUAUUUGAAAUAAAAACCAGUGUAUGAAUUGGAUGAUCA